CCUGGAUUAACCAUUAGCUACCCCUCCACUCUGCCUAUCGCCAAUCGCAGCUAUUGCGGUAUCGUAUUGCAGUAUUCCCUAUUGUUUUUCUUUCUCGCUGCGCAACUAUGUCCGAUCACGAAUCUGACGCUGAGGAUCUCUUUGCCUCGCCCACUGCAAAGCACGCCUCUAGAGAAAAACCAGCUCGGCCUAAAACCCCCUCUAACCCCCCGAAUAAUCGCUAUGAUGAUCCGGAAGAGAGCCGCGAGGCGAACCUGCGCCGGGAGCUAGAAGGCGUUCGGAACAUCAAUGAACUGAUUGAGGGCGUAGUCGGGACUCUAGAACGGGCGAAGGGCAAUAUGCACACCGUCUCUAGUACCGUCAACACCGCGUCCACGCUCCUCAACACCUGGACGCGCAUCCUAUCGCAGACUGAACAUAACCAGCGACUCAUCCUGAGCCCUUCCUGGAAAGGCGCGAGCCAGGAUUUAGCCGAUGCGGAAGCUGAGGCCCAGCAGAAGGCGCGCGAAGCUGAACGCCGCGUUGCCGAAGACGAGCGUCGUCGCGCUGAAUUUAGACGUCGCCAGGAGGAAGAACAGCGCCAGCGCGAAACCGCCGCCAGCACGCGGAGCUCAACUAGCACUAGAGGGACGACGCGCGGAACGAGGAGCGGUAGGAGCAUUAGUACUAGAGGCAGAGGGACGACAACAGGGCGAAGCGUGUACUCAUCCGCGUCUAGUAGACCUACAUCCGCAGCAGACACAAGCUCGACGAGUACGGCUAGAGGGACCUCGGGGAUCGGCCGAGGGUUCUUGAGAGGAAGGUCGAGAGGGACACGAGGCUAUUAGUUAAAAGGGGGGGCGGAUACGAUAAAGCUUUAAAAGGCUUGAUUUGAUGAUUAUGCCGCUGUCUUAGGUAUACACGAAUGAUGAACGGGCACAUAUAU